AUGCAACAUCAAUAUAACGACUUUUCCUGUCCCGGCCACAUCACACCGCAAAUAACACACAACGACACCAAUGUAGGGCCUGUACAGGGGCUCACGCCUGAAGGCAACAUUACGACUCUGCCAGACUUCGGUCCUAGUCCAUACGCUUAUGUCUUCUACGCCACCGAGGCUGAGUAUGCCUGCUCCGUCCUCAUCAACAUAGAUCGGCUCAACAAUGUCUUCCACACCAACCACCGAAUCAUAGUUCUCGUCAAGCCUAUAAUUAGCUCCGAAUACCUCACUCGCUUCACAGCACAGAAUGCGACGGUCAUACCCUACGAACCUCCACCACUAUACGACGACGAUGUCCCCUAUUACGCCGACGUUCUUCUGAAGCUCGUGGGAUUCCGUCUCCAUCAAUAUAUACCCUCACUAAGAAGAGUCCUCAUCCUCGACUCGGACCAAAUCAUCUUACAAUCCCUCGACCACGUCUUUCUCCUCCCAGCCGUCGACCUUGCAGCUCCUCGUGCCUACUGGCAAGGCUCAUUUGGCUUCACAUCUGCAUUCCUCCUCGUUAGUUUGAGCGACAGACUUUGGGGCCGCAUGGAACUUGCCCUCCAAACCAUCAAACAUGACACAUUCGACAUGGAUCUUCUGAACAAAAUGUUUGGCGAAACGACCAUGGUACUGCCAGGUGACUACUGCACUCUCAACAGCGAAUGGGAAACGAACAGCAUCCCAAAAUGGUGGCAAGGCUCUGAACCUCCAAGAGACUCUUCUUGGAAACCUUCGAGAAAAUUGCCGCCAACUCCGGAUCCUCCACCAAUAGGGGUUCCUCACUCACUCAAAGGCCCGCUUUCUACGAAUAGUACCCGCAAUCUCUCCGAGGCUGAUCAAGUCCUCCUCUCCGAAUACCGCAACGCCACCGCAAGACGCGAGAUGAUGAUACAAGCGGCCAGGGAUGCAGUGGAGGAGGUGCACAAAGAGCAAGUCUGGAAAGACGAAUUGAAAGAGCGCGGGAAACGCUUGAGUGCGACUCUGGAGGAUAUCUAUAAAAAUGUGAAGGUGAUGCACUAUACGGCGCUCGCGAAGCCUUGGCAGAAGUAUCUAGAGGAGGUGAAGAAGGCGAGGCCGGAUGCUCAUCCGCUUUUCGCCAAAGGGGUUUGA